CUCGGGCGCUGGCGGCUGGGCGUCCUCCGGCGCCUCGGUCCGGGCUGGCGGCCGCGCGCAGGCAGAGGCACCAUGUUUCUUCCUUCAGUCAAUCUCUGGAACCUGGCGUUUUAUGCCCUUAUGGUCUUCAUGGCGACCCUGGGGCUGUGGGACGUCUUCUUCGGCUUCGAGGAGAACAAGUGCAGUAUGAGCUAUAUGUUUGAGUACCCGGAGUAUCAGAAAGUAGAACUUCCAAAGAAAAUGGCAAAACGCUAUCCUGCAUAUGAAUUAUAUCUUUAUGGAGAAGGAUCCUAUGCUGAAGAACACAAAAUGCUCCCUUUGACGGGUAUUCCAGUUCUCUUUCUUCCUGGUAAUGCUGGAAGUUACAAGCAAGUUCGUUCUCUUGGCUCUAUUGCACUUAGAAAAGCAGAAGACAUUGACUUCAAAUACCACUUUGACUUCUUUACUGUGAAUUUCAAUGAAGAACUGGUGGCACUAUAUGGUGGUAGUCUUCAGAAACAGACCAAGUUUGUACAUGAAUGCAUUAAAACAAUUCUUAAACUCUAUAAGGGUCAUGAAUUUGCUCCAAAAAGUGUGGCAAUAAUCGGUCAUUCUAUGGGUGGCCUUGUUGCAAGGGCAUUGCUUACAUUGAAAAAUUUUAAACAAGAUCUGAUAAAUCUUCUUAUUACACAAGCUACACCUCAUGUUGCUCCUGUGAUGCCAUUAGAUCGUUUCAUAACAGAUUUUUAUAUGACUGUAAACAACUAUUGGAUUCUAAAUGCUAGACACAUAAAUUUCACCACACUUUCUGUAGCUGGAGGAUUCCGGGAUUACCAAGUUCGUUCAGGACUGACUUUUCUACCAAAAUUAAGCCAUCAUACCAGUGCCUUAUCUGUUGUGAGUUCGGCAGUGCCUAAGACCUGGGUCUCAACAGACCACCUCUCCAUUGUGUGGUGUAAACAAUUACAGUUGACUACAAUUCGAGCAUUCUUUGAUCUUAUUGAUGCUGAUACUAAACAAAUAACUCAAAAUCCCAAGAAGAAAUUGUCAGUUUUGAAUCACCACUUUAUAAGACACCCAGCAAAACGUUUUGAGGAGAAUCCGGCAAUAAUUUCUGACUUAACAGGGACAUCUAUCUGGGUUCCAGUAAAAGUAUCCAAAUGGACCCAUGUGGCUUACAAUGAAUCUGAUAAGACAUAUUUUACAUUUCCUCUUGCAAAUCAUAGAAAAAUCUACACUCAUGUAUAUUGUCAGAGCACUAUGCUGGAUACAAAUAGUUGGAUAUUUGGCUGCAUAAAUAGCACUUCUACGUGCCGGCAAGGAAUUGAUUUAUCAUGGAAAGCUGAACUGCUGCCAACAAUUAAGUCUCUGACAUUAAGACUUCAAGACUAUCCUUCUUUGUCUCAUCUUGUUGUUUAUGUACCAUCUACUUAUGGAAGUAAGUUUGUUGUAGAUUGUGAGUUCUAUAAAAAAGAGACGAGAUCCAUUCAGCUUCCUGUAACUCAUCUUUUUUCCUUUGGACUCUCUUCAAGGAAAGUAAUGUUAAAUACAAGUGGCCUGUUUUAUAAUAUAGAACUUCUAAACUUUGGACAGAUAUACCAAGCUUUUAAAAUCAACAUAGUAAGCAAGUGCUCAGGAGUCAAAGAAGAAAUAACUAGUAUCUACAAACUUCAUAUUCCUUGGUCUUAUGAAGAUUCACUAACUAUUGCACAGCUACCAUCUUCCACAGAAAUUUCUCUGAAACUCCAUAUUGCUCGACCAGAAAAUGAUAGCCGUGUAGCAUUAUUAAAAAUGUAUACAUCUUCAGACUGUCAGUAUGAAGUGACAAUUAAGACUUCCUUUUCACAAAUACUUGGACAGGUAGUUAGAUUUCAUGGUGGAGCUCUUCCUGCUUAUGUUAUAUCUAGUAUCCUUCUUGCUUAUGGAGGACAGUUAUACUCUCUUUUCUCAACAGGUCAUUGCUUAGAAUAUGCUACUAUGUUGGACAAAGAAGCCAAGCCAUAUAAAGUUGAUCCUUUUGUACUUAUGAUUAAGUUUCUGUUGGGGUAUAAAUGGUUUAAGGAAUUAUGGGAUCUGUUACUGUUGCCAGAAUUAGAUGCCAUCAUUUUAACUAGCCAGAGUAUGUGUUUCCCCCUAGUAUCCUUGAUUCUCUUUCUGUUUGGAACAUGUACUGCCUACUGGGGUGGUCUACUUUCUUCUGCAUCUGUGAGACUCCUUUCUUCAUUGUGGCUAGUUUUGAACAGCCCCCCUGAACUUCCUAAAGAUAUCAAGAUUAUAUCACCAGACUUGCUCUUUUUGACAAUUGUUUUGAUCGUAAUUAGUUGGACAACUUGUGGAGCAUUUGCCAUACUUCUUACUUAUCUUUAUUACGUGUUUAAGACUGUUCAACUGCAAGCCAGCCUAACAGCUUUUAAAAAUAGCCAGACGGUGAAUCUCAAACACUCUAGAAGAAAUGAAAGAAAAUCAAAUCACCAUAAAGACUCUUCAGUACGCUAUCUUCAUUUAUCUGCCAAUGAUGCUGAAGAUAGUCUUCGCAUGCACAAUACUGUGAUUAACUUAUUAACAUGGAUUGUAUUACUCAGCAUGCCAUCUUUAAUUUACUGGUUAAAGAAUCUCAGGUAUUACUUUAAACUUAGUCCUGAUCCAUGUAAACCUUUGGCAUUUAUCCUUAUUCCAACUGUGGCAAUUCUUGGAAAUACUCACACUGUUUCAAUAAAAUCCAGUAAAUUGUUGAAGACUACUUCACAAUUUCCACUUCCUCUGGCUGUUGGUGUAAUUGCUUUCGGGUCAGCACACUUAUACAGGGUUCCAUGCUUUGUUUUCAUUUCUCUUUUACUCCAUGUGUUAUGCAACUUUAUGUAAGAUGAUUUAAGGAAUGAUAAAAAUAAUUUAUGUCUUUAGGGUCAUUAAUGAGAGGGAAUGCACACAUCCAUCAAUGUGGACGGCAAGAUCCUUUGGAGAAGACAAGUCUAUUUUUACAAUAUUGAAAAUA